AUGAAUCCAGGCGGAGAAGGCGCGCCAAAUAGGCCACACAACCCGCCCGACCAAGAGAGGAGAGCCAAUGAUCCUCCUAAUCCAGCAGAAGCUAGAGCUGACCAGCCAGCACCGGCCAGAGACGUUCCUCCACCCAAUCCGAACGCGCCCGAUGCAGCUGAGCCGCUACAGCCACCUCUUAACCCGCCGCGACCACCACCGGCGUUUGCAAAUGGACAUCAUCGUCACGGUGACAACCAAGGGAUGCCUCAAGACCAACCUCACGCACCUCCAAGGAGAGUGCCAAACGCGCAGCAUCCAAGGCACCAAACUAUGGGAGACUUUGAUUCUUCCGACGCUUUCUUUAUGGAUCGGAAUCCAAUCCGACCGCCUCUACCUCCAAGGAACGAUUUUGAGAUCAAACCGCAGAUCAUUGCCUUGGUGAAGCAAAACCAAUUCCAUGGUUUGCCCACUGAGCAUCCUCUUGAUCACGUCGACACCUUUGAGGAGAUAUGUAGCACAACUCGUGUUAAUGGAGUAUCGCCGGAUUACUUCAAGUGCAAGCUAUUCACUUUUUCUCUAAGUGACAAGGCGCUAAGAUGGGUAAAAUCUUUACCACCUCAGUCCAUUACAACAUGGAAUGAAUACAAGGGAGCUUUCUUGAACCAAUUCUACACUAAGCAAAGAUCCAACUCUAUAAGGAGCAAGAUUUCUGGUUUCAAGCAAGAUUCAAUGGAGUCAUUCUAUGAAGCUUUGGAGAGAUUCAAGGAGUACACAAGAAGCUGCCCUAACCAUGGCUUUUCAGAAGGUAACCUUUGGAACAUCUUUUACAAUGGGAUUGAUCAUAAAUACAAGCUUUCUCUCGAUACCGCGAGCAAUGGUAAUUUCAUGACCAAGUCGGUGCCGGAGGCAAAGCUUUUGAUUGAGAAUCUCGCUGCUAGUGAUGCCAAUGCAUGCCCUGACUACAAUAGAAGCGUGAAGACCACGAGCUCAUCAGAAUCAGCUCAAAUCUCGGAGCUAAGGAACAUGGUCUCACAACUACUCAAAAGCCGACAAGGAGUUCACGCCAUUGAAGAUGCCCUAGCCACAAAUGAAGACACUCUUAUGGAUUUCAUGAGAGAUGGCGCUGAAGAGAAUCUAGAGGAAGUCAACUACAUUGGAGGAAACUAUGGGAAUAGAGGAUUCAAUCCACCAUUUCGCGCGCAUCCAAACCUAUCAUACCGGAGCAACAAUGUGGAGAAUCCAAAUGACCAAGUCUACCCCAAUCAAGGAGCGUAUCAAGGAGGCCAAUACCAAUCCAAGCCACAACAAGUCUAUCCAAGAGGGAUGUACCAAGUGAAGCAACCAUUCACUUUUUCUCAAGAAACAAAUCCAACCCAAACCGGAGAGAAGGUUGACGUGGCUUGA